UGCACUGUGGGUGCCUUAGGAAUGGGGGUCUGGCCUGGGAGAGGCAGCAGUGCAUUGUGGGAUGGGGCUCCCCCAAUAACCCACAGUGCAUUGCAGGUGCCCUGCAUUGGGGUUCCCUCAGUGUAAGGGGUCCCAGUGCAAACCAGUCAGCCCAGCAUGGAUCAGUACAGCAUCCUGGGCAGGAUCGGGGAAGGAGCCCACGGCAUCGUCUUCAAAGCCAAGAACGUCGAGACGGGGGAGACCGUGGCAUUGAAGAAGGUCGCUCUGCGGAGACUGGAGGACGGGAUCCCGAACCAGGCGCUGCGGGAGAUCAAAGCGCUACAGGAGAUCGAGGAGAAUCAGCAUGUGGUGAAGCUGAAGGCCGUGUUCCCCCACGGCGCAGGCUUCGUGCUGGUGUUCGAGUACAUGCUGUCGGACCUGGCCGAGGUGAUCCGCAACGCCCAGCAGCCCCUCACGCAGGCCCAGGCGAAAGGCUACAUGCUCAUGCUGCUGCAGGGGGUGGCCUUCUGCCACGCCAAUAACAUCAUGCACCGGGAUCUGAAACCAGCCAAUUUACUCAUCAGCUCUACGGGGCAGCUGAAGAUUGCGGAUUUCGGCCUCGCCAGGGUGUUCACAAGUGACGCAGGCCGGCUCUACAGCCACCAGGUGGCCACCAGGUGGUACCGUGCCCCGGAGCUCCUGUACGGCGCCCGGAAGUAUGACGAAGGGGUGGAUUUGUGGGCUGUGGGCUGCAUUUUUGCUGAGCUGCUGAACAACUCGCCCCUCUUCCCCGGGGAGAACGACAUCGAGCAGCUCUGCUGUGUACUCCGGGUGCUGGGGACUCCCAGCCCGCGCGUCUGGCCGGAGAUCACGGAGCUGCCUGACUACAACAAGAUCUCGUUCAAAGACAACCCGCCCAUCCCGCUGGAGGAGGUGCUGCCCGACGCCCCCCCACAGGCCCUGCAGCUGCUCAAGCGCUUCCUGGUCUACCCUUCCCGGGAGCGCGUGAGGGCAGCCCAGGCAUUGCUGCAUCCCUAUUUCUUCACCCCCCCGCUGCCCGCCCACCACUCGGAGCUACCCAUUCCCCAGCGGGGGGGCAGGACGGCCCGGCAGGGACCCCAGCACCAGCGCGACUUCCACGUCGAGCGGCCCGUGGAAGAGUCUGUGGUGGACCCCGAAUGGGUGGCCCCUUAUGUGGUGUGAGGGUGAAGAUGGGACACGGGGCCUGUCCCCUCUGGGGGGCGCCGGCUCCCACCCGGCC